GUAGCAGGUUUAAAAUGACCUGGAGCUGAGCUGAUGAUGACAUGAUGCUGCCCAGCAAGAGCAGGCUAAGAGCCAGAGACACAGUAUAGUGAUCAUACUCAUAUACUCAGGGGUGUCACUAUGGAAUGAGAGUCUGCGCCUGCUAGAGCCAGGACUGACAUCCGACAUCAGAGAGUUAUACAGACGCCAGUGGAGCAGAGUGGACUGUAAAAUGAAAUCCGUCCAUGGCUGAUGUGAGCAUCAGAUUUAAAACUCAAGACUAAGAUGUUAAUGAAAACACUAAAUCUGGCUGCCUGAGGCUGAGAAGCCCACUAUCUUUUCAUGUUAAAAGCUGCUGAGGUUUAAACCAAACAGCCUGAGGAGGAAGGUUACUGUAGAGUGCCCUAUAUUUCAGCCAUUAUAUAUUCAGAGUAUGAUCUGCCUGUGGCGUUUAGAGCUGCACAACUGUGUGUGUAAUGCGUAAUGGGCCCUUUCACUGCGUUAUCACUGAAAAUCACAGGAAGGGCACCGGAGAGAUGGCUGAGGGAGGGACUGUCUCUCCACCUCACAACGUCUCCAUCUCGAGUUACCGAGCUGUAGUGAAGUGGCGGAAUCAGCAAAGAGCCAACUGCGCCACAUGAGCCUGCCCUCUCAUCCAAAGGUGAUAAACCAAAGCUCAGAGGGGCGGCGUGCUCCUGCACCAACAUUUUAAAUCUCGUUGAAUUUCCUUUACGCACCACCACCACCACCACCCGGUGUGGUGAUUCACAAUGGAACGGGGCGGCAGCGCGGCGCAGCUACGCCCGGUCGGUCGGUUGGUGCGGUGAGUGACGGCGGCAGCUGCGGUUGCUGGAAGAAGAAUCUUCUCAUGGGACUUCGCGCUCGUGAAGUGGCUGAUCUGAAGGCAACGUGAGGAGCGCACAUACCUCCAGAAAAACGGGCGACAACAGGACUCUCUCCCUUCUGCGCCCGACAGCUGCCGAAGGAGCUGACCCCGGCGAGCACCGACUGGUAAGAAGAAGGCACCGGGAGAAAGAGAAAGAAAGAGAGAGAGAGAGAGAGAGAGAGGGAGGGAGAGAGAGAGAGGGAGAGAGAGAGGAAGCCAGGGACAGUGCCUUUAAAGCCAAAAAGGCUGUGGAUACGUAGUAUGGGAGCGCUAUGUUGUCCAGGAAAGGUCUCAUUCCUGAGGAUUACUUGCUGACACGGUUGGCUGAGGAUGUCCUGCAGCCCAAGUUCAGGGCGAAGCCGGGGAAAGCUCGGUUCGUCGCCAAGAACGGCACCUGUAAUGUAGCGCACACCAACAUCCGAGAGCAGGGCCGAUUCUUGCAGGACGUCUUCACCACUCUCGUGGACUUAAAAUGGCUCCACACGCUCGUCAUCUUCACCAUGUCCUUCCUGUGCAGCUGGCUCCUUUUCGGGAUGAUCUGGUGGCUCGUCGCCUUCGCGCACGGCGACUUAGACCAAAGGGGGGACGACUUCGUCCCGUGCGUAACGGACAUUCACUCCUUCUCCUCCGCUUUCCUCUUCUCCAUAGAGGUCCAGGUGACCAUCGGCUUCGGGGGCCGGAUGAUCACGGAGGAGUGCGUCUCCGCCAUCAUCAUCCUGAUCAUGCAGAACAUCGUCGGACUGGUCAUCAACGCCAUCAUGCUCGGCUGCAUCUUCAUGAAAACGGCGCAGGCCAACCGGCGCGCGGAGACGCUCAUUUUCAGCAAGCACGCCGUCAUCUCCGUCCGCAACAACAAGCUGUGCUUCAUGAUCCGCAUCGGGGACCUGAGGAAAAGCAUGAUCAUCAGCGCCACCGUGCGGAUGCAGGUGGUCAGGAGAACAACGACGGCGGAGGGCGAGGUGGUUCCCCUGGACCAGAUCGACAUCCACAUGGACAACCCGGUGGGCACCAACGGCAUCUUCCUGGUGUCCCCCCUCAUCAUCUGCCACGUGAUCGACAAGGACAGCCCCCUUUACGACCUGUCGGCCUCUGACCUGCUGCACGAGGACAUCGAGGUGAUCGUGGUGCUGGAGGGGGUGGUGGAGACCACGGGCAUCACCACGCAGGCCAGGACCUCGUACGUGGCGGACGAGAUCCUGUGGGGGCAGCGUUUCGUGCCCACGGUCUCCGAGGAGGACGGCAUGUACGCGGUGGAUUACUCCAAGUUCGGCAACACCGUGAAGGUCCCGACACCGUGCUGCAGCGCCAAGAAACUGGAUGCGGUAGGUGGCAUCGCUCGGUUUAAACUGAACGAGGGCGUCACCUUGCGGGCGUCCGUGAGAAGGCGGCGGGGGGGCCCUCCGGUGGUCCGCCGGUCCAGGUUGGACAGCUGAUGAGCACUGUCUGCCAGCAUUUUGUACGAGAACUAAUGAAGAAUGAGAUUAAUCAAGUAACAGAAUUAUACUUAUUUUAUAAUGAAUAUACAGUAUACCAUGAUAUGGAUUAUCUGUCAUCUCCAUGCGCUCUGAUACAUGCACACACCGUCAGGCUUUUUACUCAGGGUCAGUAUGAAAAUGCACAAAGUCAGAAUGCACUGAGGCUCAUCAUGAGAUGUGACUGUUGUACAACCUGAGGAGUCCUGCUGUCCGGAGUGAAUCUUUUUUAUUUAAUAAGAGUGACUGCAUGUAUGUAACAGCAAUAAAGGAGAAUGCUUCAUGUAAA